GGCCGAACGACGAGCGCUGCCGCCAUGGCCACGAAGAUCUUCGGCAACGACUACAUCGUCAUCCAGACAUGGUCGCGGCAAGAUAGCACCGCCCCUGCAGCCUCACUGGGCGAUGCGAUCCCCCCUUUCACAAAGCUGUCGUUCUGGCUGCGAAACGACCCCUCCAUGGGCGGUGAAAUUCUACUACACCGGCGGGCAAACGACGGCCAGCCCAUCGAACCACCACCGUGGCCACAAGCUCUCUUUUGCCACGUCUUGGCAGAGCCACCAACUCGACGAUCUCGACCUGUUUCAGAUGCUGACCCGACUUGGUCAACGAAAGUUGGGACGACCCUGCUCUACGACGACAGCAUCGUCAAUGUUUGGGAUUUCAUCGUUCACCCCCUCGCGAGCUGCCACUACCACGUCCAUCACUAUCCGUACGUGUUUAUCAACCUCGUACCUGGGGCGACACAACCUGUCGACGCCCAUGGCACCCUCCUUGACGACGGCCCUGUGCGUAAGCAUGGCCCGGGCGAAAUCAAUUUCGUCGACGUUGCGGCCCUCGACUCGCUACCGCAUCACGCGUUUCGAAACGUGGCCGACACUCCAUUUUGCCAAUACAUCGUCGAGUUCAAGGAGAAGAGACGUGAUUAGUUCGUUCGAGUUCUUGGCGUCGCUACACAUCCUCUUUGUACACGCCGCUGUCCC